AUGUCGUCACGCCGAGCAUCAAUGGACACAUUCUCAACACCCGCAAAUGCUGUCAAUGAGAAUUCUCUCAACGCCAAUUCAUUCAUUGCUAAUGAGGAGAAACAAUUAAAUGAACAUGAACGUGCACGUAUCAAAGAGUUUGGUCAAUUAUUCAAUCGACACAGUUCGAUCAAUCGUGAAUUACUCGAAGAGCUCUUUCGUAAAGAACCGUCGGAAUAUACUCAAACGGUGUACCGCUAUGCCAGUCGAAUUUAUCAUUGCCUGAAAGAGGAACAAGUCAAUCCAAUUCUCAGAGCAUUAUCAAAUACAAAUGAAGAACAAACACAAAUGAAAAAAUCAACAGUGGAUGUGCCGAGAAUCGAAUAUGCGAGUGAUAAACAAAAACGAAGAACGCUAAAACUCGCAUUUUCUGUUCUAAGAUAUCAAAAGGUAGUCGAAGAACUUUUGGAAGAAACUCAAUUCUUUUCGAAUUUUCCUGAGUUGAAAGACGAAUUAAGUCUCGUUUCAACUGUUCUGUACGAUUAUUUAAGUCGUAAAUUUCAACCACGAGAUGAUCCAGUUGAUAUCGACGAUAACGAAGAUCUAUCAAACAAUGAUCAAUUAGUUUCAACCAUUGAAAACGCUAUUCUUCAGGAACGCACUCAUCUUGCUGCUGCAUUAGCUCGAAACAGGAUUAAAUCGCAAGCUUUAUCAUUGGAAGAUUUAUUACCCGAAAAUGUUCGUGAAGUUCAACAACAUUCAGCGGAAUUACCAGUCUAUGCUUGGGUGAACUUAGUCAAAACCGAUAUGGAAACGGUCAUUGAAAUAUUUGAAAAUGAUGAAAAUAUGAAACGAGUGAAAUCGAUCAGUGAUAUGGAUAAACGAACAUUCUGUACCGAUUAUCAUUGCUCAAAUUUGUUAAUAUUUCAUUACACGCAAAAGCAUCGCCUUGCCAGUCAUCCUCUCGUUCGAGACCAUCAUUUAUACUUACAAGACAAAUCGAGCUGUAUUGCAGCUCAUACUGUCAGAAAAUUGAUUACAAGAAAAGAUAAUAUUUGUUUAGCAUAUGUUAGUGGAGGUUUAUUACUCCAGUUAUUAUUAGUGCUUACAGAAGAGCUUGAAUCGAAAAUCUAUGCAUUUGGUGCUCGUACAGAGGAGAACGUUCGAGAAAUCUUAGUGAAAAUCAAGACGUUGGGAGUGUCAGAAAAACGUGUGAAGAUAAUCAAAGAUCGGUUCGUCGACGUUAGUUUCGAUGAAAUUAAUAUGGAAAAUUGUAAAGUGAUCUUAUGCAAUCCGCCGGAUACACGUUCUGCUCUUAUUCAACCACUGGAAUUUUUGUAUAACGAAGGCGAAGAUGUAACGUUGUUGAAACAAUUUUCCCAACCAAAGGAAAACAAAGGUUACAUCAGAGAAUGUAUCCAACGCGAAGCAGCAUAUAUGCGACAAGCUAUUCGAUAUACAUUGGCUCGAGCAAUUGUUUAUGUAACAUUUUCAAAGAAUAGAUCAGAGAAUGAUGAUAUUGUUUAUUCAACAGUGAACGAACAGAAUGAACUACGUGCACAGAUCAAGAAAGAAAAUGGCGUUUACAAGAUAUCACCACCUGUACUUCCAAUUCAAUUUGGUAUUCGAAAUGAACAUACGUCUAUUCUUCGUCAUGGCACUUUUAUUCAGUUCGAAUCGUCGCAGAAAAUGAAUGGCGUUUUUGUCGCUGUUCUUUUACGUGAACGCGAACGACGUCGUCCAAUAAUCACGAAAAAGAAAGUGGAUGAUCAGGAUUCCGAUCUCGAAAAUGAUCGCAAGUCGAAAAAAGAAUCGCAAGGCUUUCAAUUCGAAACCGAAGCUCGUGCUGCUCAACGUCGACAGCAACAAACAGGAAAAUCCCAACGUAAAAGCAUAUCGACGAAUCGACGAUCGAAAUCGAGUGCAACUCUAACACGUGAGCUUGCUAUUUCAUCAACGAACCAACCGGAGAGCAAAUCUGUUCAACCUGUCAAAACCGAACCGAAACAGAUGACCUUAUCCGAACGUUUGGCAUCGAUUGGACGGAUUACCAGUACAUUAGAUACAAGUCAAGAUGAACCAAACGCAGAGAGCGAUUUGAGCAAAUCUUCAUAUCAACAGAAUUCUGAUUUAAACCUUCCACGGUUGAUUGAGAAGCAACACCAAAGUCUACCAAUGCCACCAUUCAAUAGGUCAAUUUGGGGUAUCACAGCAACAGUUUCCACGAAUAAAAAGCCUCAAGCGAUCAUUCGUCGGUACUAUUAUCCUCGACAAACUCAUGCAAGUGAUACCAUUCCUAUCGAGCAGCAUCAAUCAAAUUACGUUACAAAAUCCGAAAGAUCUUGUUCACCGCUGUCAUACGUGCAAACUUACUUAUCGAUCACAAUGUACGCACUAUGA